AUGGAUUCUACUCUGAGGAACCUGGAUCUUCCCACAAUAAGAUUCAGGUGUCUAACUGGAAGCACAAAAGUUCACAUCCUCUCCAAAAUGUGGUCACUGCUCUUGAUUCAGGAAUUCAAACAAUCAAAGUCAAGAAACGCGUUUGCUUUCUCAGCUUCCCUUUCUCAAAUUGAGCCUAAAAAUAUCAAUGAAGCAUUGAAAGAUGCUGACUGGAUUACUGUUAUACAAGAUGAACUUCAUCAACUUGAGAGGAACCAUCUUUACAAGAGGAAGAAUUUACAAAAUCCUAUUUCUGAAAAAACAGGGAAGGAACCUGCUCAUUGUGCAAGUUUAUUUGACGAUAUCAUUUUUGGUGCAACAAACGACUCCUUGUGUGAGGAGUUUGCAAAGCUUAUGGGAAGCGAGUUUGAAAUGAGCGUGAUGGGGGAAUUGAAUUUUUUCUUAGGGUUGCAAGUUAAGCAAGCCCCUAAGGGAAUGAUGAUAAGCCAGCAGAAGUACAUUAAGGAGCUCCUGAAGAGAUUUGAUAUGGAAAGUUCAAAAACUAUUGAUACUCCUAUUUCCACUGCCACCCGUUUGGACUUGGAUGAACCUGGUUCUCCUGUGAACGAAACCAUGUACAGAGGCAUGAUUGGUUCACUCUUGUAUCUCACAACUAGUAGGCCUGAUAUUGUAUUCAGUGUGGGAUUAUGUGCUAGAUUUCAAUUCAGUCCAAAGGAAUCUCAUCUCAAAGUUAUAAAGAGGAUUCUAAGGUAUCUUAUAGGAACACAUGACCUGGUUCUCUACUAUCCUUCAGGGGAUAAUUUUGACUUAAUUGGGAAUGCUUAUGCUGAUUAUACUGGUUAUCUGGUGGAUAGAAAAAGUACAUCUGGAAUGGCACAUUUUCUGGUAUCAUGUUUGAUUUCAUGGGGUACAAAGAAACAAAACUUUGUAGCUCUUUCAACUGCAGAAGCUUAUGCUCUCAAUAUGGCAAAGAACCCGGUUCAGCAUAAGAGAACAAAGCACAUUGAUGUACGACAUCCUUUUCUCAGAGACAAUGUUGAAAAGGGUCUUAUCUGCAUAAAGUUAUGCAAAACAGAAGACCAAGUAGCAGAUAUCUUCACCAAAGCACUGAGCAGAGAGCACUUUGAAAAUAAUCGAUUGGCAUUGAGGUUGAUAAAAUUGAACUGA